ACAAAAAUCUGGAGCAAAAAUGAUAUUGCUUCAGCGGAUGAAUGGAGGUGUAAGAAGUUAUUCCAAAUUCUUGUGAGGAAAGUCGAACGGUGAUCUUUGUCCAUGAUUACCAAGACGGACCGAUGUCACUCCAAGGGCGCGUCUCAUCAAGCGUGCACGUGGCUAGGAAGCGCGUCGAUGGUGCGCUGUCACGUGAUGCCACCCUCUUGAUAUCGAUGAGACGGUCUUCAGCUCGUGGUCGAUAGAACAACAAACAGGAAGAAAGUGGAAUAUUCAACCCUUUGCGGUUCGUAUUAUUCAUACCGAUCUAUUCAGAUGGUACACACUCAAGGUUUCUUCGCCAUUGGACAAGCAGGAGCUCACCGCUCGUGCUUUCCUCGUUCACAGAGCCUCGGUCAGAAACCGGGCAACAGGAAUGUGCAACUGGCAUUUGUUGGCAGUUUCUGUUAACCCGAAGGGUGAUUCGAGGCCAGAGACCCUUCUUAUUUGUUGACUAGGCUUCCCGCUUCAGGUUUUACUCCUUGAGAGGUUGCAUUCGACCAAUUCCAUAGACGCUCACUAAAAUCUUCGUUUGUGAUUUCAACGACAGAAGUCGUUCAAAUCCAUCACAAUACCAUAUACCAUCAAUCAAGAUACCAGCAACCAAGUUUCCGCUCCCAAAUAAAUCACGAGCAGCUAAGGCACGGAAAGAUGGUGUCGACCCCGCGACGCCCGGCCAAGCUGGUGACCGUCCCGCCAACUGAAUAUAUUACCCUAUCUUACCCAUUAGCAGACCCUACAUGAUCAAUCUUGUCAUCUUUCGACUCUUGGUUAACUAAACUCACCAUGAACCGCAAAAUCGAAUGCCGGAGUGAUGGGUGUGGAAAUGAGGUCUUAUUCAAGCCCACUCUUGAGGGGGGCUUCAACAUCCAUCAGCCGAACUUAGACCACUACCACUAUCGCGAUCAUAGGAGAUCGGUAGCUGGUGGGCGACAUCUUUCUCCUUAUUGCAAGCAACACACUUGUGUUCACUUCCACCGUGAAGAGUGCUGUACUAAUAAGAAGCCUCCCCAUGACACCGUCUGUGCUGUUCACAUGAGAUGUCCCAUCCCGGACUGUCAUCAAGCUCGGGCUCAGUUUCUCGACCCUAACUUUGACCCCCUUUCGAAUGCUGUGCCGAGAUAUGCUCGCUAUGAAGUACAAAUGCAUUGUUCCGAGGUGCGCACAGCGAAGAGCGUCGACUGGUACUACCUUCUGUCAGACUCAGCAGACGGAUGUGGCAACGAGCGCCAGGACCAGCUUGAGUGUUGUGAGAAGCACCGAUGUCACGCCAGGGGCUGCGACUUGGUUGUGGAAGGCAACCAUACCCUCUGUGCUCACCAUAUGACAUGCGAGAUGAACGGCUGCGGAGGAGCAAAGCAUUUUGAACCCAACAAGAAGGAAUAUUUGCCGUAUUGCACCAACCAUUCCACCUGCCCAGUUGCCCGAUGUAAGCAGACGAGACUGGACCGACAGUCAGCUUUCUGCGAUGACCAUACCUGUCGAGAGAGGGGUUGCAACAAGAGCGCCAGAGUGAAGCCGUAUUGUGAUGAUCAUCGAUGUGCGGAAAUCGACUGCGCCUAUCCUAUCGCCGACAAAACUGGAAGGUUUUGCCCAUUGCAUACUUGCCGAGCCGAAGACUGCCUAGAGUUCGUCAACAGUUUCUCCAUAUACUGUCAAUCCCACGGCUGCUCCAAACCUAAAUGCCUCCAACAAUCCAUCGUCGAGUACCUCUGCUUAGACCACCUCAAAAAACACUACACCGCCCUCGGCCGCCGCUCAGCCCUAACCCCAGCCUCCUCCCAAUUCGGCACCGUCGCAACAAGCACCAUAGCAGAGGACGACGAUUCCUCCACUUCAGACGAUAACGACGAGAGACGCCCAGGAAUAAGGAAUAAACCCCCUAGCCUGAAAGGCGCCUACCCGUCCACUUCGACGUUUAGCACCACCCACAGCCAUACAAGAUCAGCACCCAUCUUUGCCCCUAACUCCAAUUCUGGCAGCGGUGGAGGCAAAGAGACACCAUUGACUAUGAGGCCGAGCACAACACUCCAGAUUCAUACUCAGAAUAAUACAUCUGACCCUCAUCACCCCUCGCCGUCGCAAAAGGGCCCGGGGUUUUACAAGGUGAACACUGCUGCUGAUGGUGGUGGUGGUAGUGGUGGUGGUGAUGGGGAGAGUGUUAGGGCACCGUCGCCCAAGCUUGUGCCUAUGCCUCUGCCUGUUCCGAGCGACGAUGGGAAGACAGGUUCGAGGCCGAAGCUCAUGGAGGAUAUAGAGGGUAUGGUGUACAAUCCUGAGAGGGGGUGCUGGGAGUAGUGGCCGUGCUAAUUUAUCUGUUGAUUAUUCCCAUUUGUGAGAUUGGAGGAGUUUGAAUGGAGAGAAUCGUCCUUGAUCGAUUGCAAAGGAUAAUUUAUUAUACCGUGAUUUAACCGUGACCUAUCCCCAACACGACAAAUCGUG